UGCAGAUAUGUUUUGGCUUGACGCGUUUCUGUAUUUUCCGGGUUGAACCAACAUGUAUAGAACCAACGGUACGACACACCUGGUUGACUGGUGAUAACAGAGACUUACGACGUUGAUCCGAAAGGAUUUUGUGAAUCUAUUAAAGCAUGGGGAACCUGAUUAAGGUGCUGAGCCGAGACAUCGACAACAAUGGUGGAAACUUCUUCCUGGACUUUGAGAAUGCGCAGCCCUCCCCUGCGGAGCGGCAGGUUUGGGAGGAGGUGAACGAGGUGCUGACGGAGGCGCUGGUGGUGCUGACGGAGCUGCAGGCCUACAGCGGGGCAGGGGAGGAGAUCAGACAGGCCAUCCAGCGGCCGGGGGAGGAGCGAGUGCAGGAGCAGGCCUGGGCGGCGGUGGUACCCCUGGUGGGCAAACUGAAGAAGUUCUACCAGUUCUCCCUGAAGCUUGAGUGUUCCCUGCGGUCCCUCCUGGUGGCGCUCACCCGGUCGGGCAGCUCCCCCACGCAGCACCUGGAGCAGGAGCAGGCCCUGGCCCGGCAGUUCGCCCAGAUCCUCCACUUCACACUGCGCUUCGACGAACUCAAGAUGACCAACCCGGCGAUCCAGAACGACUUCAGCUACUACAGGAGGACCAUCAGCCGCAUGAGGAUCAACAACCUGUCGCAGGCGGAUGAGGGGAAUGAGGUCAACAACGAGCUGGCCAAUCGAAUGUCUCUGUUCUACGCCAACGCCACGCCCAUGCUGAAGACCCUGAGCGACGGCACAACAAAGUUUGUCUCGGAUAAUCCAGAAGUGCCGAUCGAGAACACCACGGACUGUCUGAGUACGAUGGCCUGCGUGUGCAAAGUCAUGCUGGAGACACCGGAGUACCGUAGUCGCUUUGCGAGUGACGAGACGAUACUGUUCUGUCUGCGCGUCAUGGUCGGAGUGAUCAUCCUGUACGACUACGUCCACCCUGCUGGAGCCUUCGUGAAGACCUCCGGGAUAGACAUGAAGGGCUGCAUCAGAGUCCUGAAGGAGCAGCCUCCAAGCAGUGUAGAGGGCCUCCUUAACGCCCUCAGAUAUACCACCAAACAUCUCAACGAUGACACGACCUCGAAGCAGAUCAGAAACAUGCUGCAGGUUAAUUGACGAAGCGACCCAAGAAGAGUCUCUGACGACUCCCCAUUUCAGGAGCUUUCUUUUCAUCAUAUCUACGGUCGGGCUGGGCGGUGAAGAAGACUUUUGUAUCGUAAUAUUUAUGCUGAACUUUGAAAUGGAUACAAUUUCCAUGUCUCAAAGUUCAGUAUGAUGAACCUGAUGGCCUCAUUCCAUAACUCUAGUAAUUUAGUGUUAUUACUCGUAUUAUUAUAUUUGUGUUAUGAUACAAAGCAAAUACACGCAUAUGUUAAAUCCUGUGAUGUCAUCAUCCCAUUGAAAGACGAUAAACGAUAGCAUUGAUUAUCGCCCAGCCCUUCUUAAAAUAUUUCUGUUUUUAUUUCGUUUUUUUAAUGUUCCAAUGCAUUUCACAGGAUCGGGAUGGUGAGAGUAUUUUGUUUGUAGUAGUACUCAUAAUAUCGCAACUCUCAGCAUCCCGUUUGCUUGCGGUUUGACAAUCCCUCUGUUUAUUUUGACUGAACGCUGCUCAGACAUAGCUAGCUGGCCGGCUAGCUAGCUAGCUAACCUGCUAAAUCCUUGCAUGACAACGUUUGGGGGCCUACAUUGCUGUGCUAAAUAUGAUGUAAAUUAUUAGAUUUGUAGGUUAGGAAUUUUUCUGUCUUUCUCGGCCCGCUAUGACUACUAAAAAAAUGAAUGCGCCAAUCCCAUCAAUGCCGAAACAAUUUGCCUUUUGUUGCACGGUACUUUUCAACCCAGUCGUAUGACUGUUUGUUUCUUGAGCUACAUCCAAAAAGGUAUGACAUCAUCAAACUGCAGGGCCAUAGUGGACCGAACAGAAAAUGUUGCGGCCACAAGCCGAGCGCACGGUCAUGAUUUUUACAUUCCAUUUUAUAGUAAACAUGUGGACACGUUUCAUAUUCUUACCCUUUUUUCAUUACUAUUAUCCCUUUCCGCCAAUUGUUCCUCUAAAAUUGUAAUCAAUACAAUUCCUUGCCAACAACGGGUUGAGGCUUGGAACUCAAUUACCAACCAACAGGCUCUGACUUUAACUAGGAAAUGGGGGUAGGGCUGUAUUCUCGUCAGGCAUGGGGAGUACAGUCAAGGGGAAUUUUUUGCCUGUUUGCAAAAUUUCGCUUUAAUAGCUAAAAUCAUAUGCGCAUCUUUUUCUCCACCGAUGGGAAUCGGUUUCUCUAUCAGGAAGGGGUGUAGCCUACAGCUCUGGGGCCAUUUGUCGUUUUGUUUUAGUAACUUCGGUUUCUCUUGACUACCUCUGAUAACCAAUUACCCUGGAGUCGAAAAACACUUCAUGAGGUUUAAAGAAGUAAGGCACCACCCACCAUAUAUUUUGCGAAAAGAAAAAUUGGCCAGUGUAUUUGGAGUCAUGUUGAAUAGUUUGUUGAAUAUUGACCCAGGUUCUGGUUGUAUACUGGACUUGAAGACGGAAAACUUUUGAGUGCUUCAUUAUAGAGCUUAGGUAAUGUGACAGAUUUCAAAGUAAAACAUGCCUAUAGGGUGGGACCAACGGACACGUGAAUCAUGAUGUGAUUCUCUCCUAUUCUCCUAGCAACUGUUUUUAUUGGUUGGAAUGGGAUGCCUUGCCCUUGUGGAAUUGAUGUUAUCAAAUCAGAUAAAUCUAAAAUAUUUUUUUAAAGGAAGAGGAAGGUGAUGAAAAAUAAGGUAAGGGCAUAACGUGGUCGAAAUUGGUACAAUUUCAAUUGAUUUUUCUCUUAACUAAUGUGUAAACCGGGACUGACCGAAUGAAGAAAGAUUGCUAUGUAUUCUUGUUCAUGUCACUGGAAUUAUUGACUGUUGGAUACAACCAAAAAGCCAACAGUUACGGCUAUUAAAGUACAAUUUCUAUCCGUAAGCUUUUAAUGUUACCUUAAGUAUUGUAUUUUAAUAGUGUUUUUUUAUGAAUCUGUUUUGCCCGUUUUUGAUUUAUGUAUGCCAAAUAAAGUUUUCAAUUUUUCACUGUUGAA